UCCCCAAGCAGGCGGCGGCGGCGGGCACAGCAAACGGCGACAAUGGCCGCGGCGGCGGGCGGCGGGGGCGGCGGCGCCCCAGGGGCGGCGGCGGGCGGCGCGGGACCGGGAGGCACGGCGGCGACGGCCGUGGGUCUGGCCCUGUGUCGGCGGAAGGACGGGGGCCCAGCGGGCAAGUUUUGGGAGAGCCCGGAGACGGUUUCCCAGCUGGACUCGGUGCGGGUCUGGCUGGGCAAGCACUAUAAGAAGUAUGUUCAAGCAGAUGCACCUACCAAUAAAACUUUGGCCGGACUGGUAGUACAGCUACUACAGUUUCAAGAAGAUGCCUUUGGGAAACAUGUCACCAAUCCUGCCUUCACCAAACUUCCUGCAAAGUGCUUCAUGGAUUUCAAAGCUGGAGGUACCUUGUGUCACAUUCUUGGGGCUGCAUACAAGUAUAAAAAUGAACAAGGAUGGAGAAGGUUUGACCUGCAGAAUCCUUCCCGAAUGGAUCGAAAUGUGGAGAUGUUUAUGAAUAUUGAAAAAACACUAGUGCAGAACAACUGUUUGAGCAGACCUAACAUCUACCUCAUUCCAGACAUUGAACUGAAGUUGGCUAACAAACUAAAGGACAUUGUCAAAAGACAUCAGGGAACAUUCACUGAUGAAAAAUCAAAAGCCUCUCAUCACAUUUAUCCUAAUCCUACCUCACCAGAGGAUGAAGAAUGGUUGAGACCUGUGAUGAAAAAAGACAAGCAAGUGCUAGUGCACUGGGGAUUUUACCCAGACAGCUAUGAUACUUGGGUCCAUGCUAGUGAUAUUGAUGCUGAAAUUGAGGAUCCUCCCAUUCCAGAAAAACCAUGGAAAGUGAAUGCAAAAUGGAUUUUAGACACUGAUAUUUUCAAUGAAUGGAUGAAUGAAGAAGAUUAUGAGGUUGAUGAGAACAAGAAACCAGUUAGUUUUCGUCAGCGCAUCUCAACAAAGAAUGAAGAGCCAGUCCGUAGUCCUGAGAGAAGAGAUAGGAAAGCGGCUGCAAGUACAAGAAAGAGAAAACAUUCACCUUCUCCUCCUCCUCCUACUCCUGUUGAAUCAAGGAAAAAGACUGGAAAGAAAGGACAAGCUAGUCUUUAUGGGAAGAGGAGAGGUCAGAAAGAAGAGGAUGAACAAGAAGAUCUCACUAAGGAUAUGGAAGAUCCAACGCCUGUACCUAAUAUAGAGGAAGUGGUACUUCCUAAAAAUGUUAACCCAAAGAAAGACAGUGAAAAUACACCAGUUAAAGGAGGAACUGUUGCAGAUCUAGAUGAGCAGGAUGAAGAAACAGUGACAACAGGAGGAAAGGAGGAUGAGGAUCCUAGCAAAGGUGAUCAGAGUCGAUCAAUUGAUCCUGGUGAAGACAAUGUAACCGAGCAGACAAAUCACAUUAUCAUUCCCAGUUAUGCAUCGUGGUUUGAUUAUAAUUGUAUUCAUGUGAUAGAACGUCGUGCUCUUCCCGAGUUUUUCAAUGGAAAAAACAAGUCUAAAACUCCAGAAAUAUACUUGGCAUACCGUAACUUCAUGAUUGACACAUACCGCUUAAACCCCCAAGAGUAUUUAACCAGCACUGCUUGCAGACGGAAUUUGACAGGAGAUGUCUGUGCUGUUAUGAGGGUUCAUGCUUUUUUGGAACAGUGGGGGCUUGUUAAUUACCAGGUUGAUCCAGAAAGUCGACCAAUGGCAAUGGGACCUCCUCCAACUCCUCACUUCAAUGUGCUGGCUGAUACCCCCUCCGGGCUAGUGCCUCUCCAUCUCAGAACACCUCAGGUCCCUGCUGCUCAGCAGAUGUUGAAUUUUCCUGAGAAAAAUAAGGAGAAACCUACUGACUUACAGAACUUCGGCCUUCGCACAGAUAUUUAUUCCAAGAAAACCUUAGCAAAAAGUAAAGGAGCCAGUGCUGGAAGAGAAUGGACUGAACAGGAGACGCUGCUACUUUUAGAGGCCCUUGAGAUGUACAAAGACGAUUGGAAUAAAGUAUCAGAACACGUUGGCAGUCGAACUCAGGAUGAGUGUAUCCUCCACUUUCUGAGACUUCCUAUUGAGGAUCCUUAUCUUGAGAACUCAGAUGCUUCCCUUGGACCACUAGCUUACCAACCUGUCCCUUUCAGUCAAUCAGGAAACCCUGUUAUGAGCACAGUUGCAUUCUUAGCAUCUGUGGUGGAUCCACGGGUGGCUUCUGCAGCCGCUAAAGCUGCUUUAGAGGAGUUUUCCCGUGUCCGGGAAGAAGUGCCAUUGGAAUUAGUUGAAGCUCAUGUCAAGAAAGUGCAGGAAGCAGCAAGAGCCUCUGGAAAAGUAGAUCCAACAUAUGGUCUAGAAAGUAGCUGUAUUGCUGGGACUGGUCCUGAUGAACCAGAGAAACUUGAUGGUACUGAAGAAGAAAAAAUGGAAACAGACACAGAUGGACAACAGACUGAAAAGGUUGAAAACAAAGGAGAAAAUGAAACUGACGAAUGUGACAAAACACAAGAUGGAGAAAAUGAGAAAAGUAUUGAGAAAGAACAAGAUAGUGAAAUUAAUGAAGAUACCAAAUCAGAAGAAAAGGAUGCUGAGGAGAAUAAGGAAAAUGAUCCCUGUAAAGAGAGGGAGAAUGAUACGGGAAAGAAGAAAGUGGAACAUGAGAUUUCUGAAGGAAAUGUAGCCACAGCUGCAGCAGCUGCUCUUGCCUCAGCUGCCACCAAAGCAAAGCAUCUUGCUGCAGUAGAAGAAAGAAAGAUCAAGUCUCUAGUAGCCCUGUUGGUGGAGACUCAAAUGAAGAAGCUAGAGAUAAAACUCCGUCAUUUUGAGGAACUGGAAACCAUCAUGGACAGGGAGAAGGAGGCUUUAGAACAGCAAAGACAGCAGUUACUCACUGAACGCCAGAACUUCCACAUGGAGCAGCUAAAAUAUGCUGAAUUAAGGGCUCGCCAGCAAAUGGAACAACAGCAGCAUGGGCAGAACACUCAGCAGUCACACCAGCAUUCUGGAGGGCCUGGUAUGAACCCAAUUGGAGCACCAGGGCAUCCAGGAAUGUUGACUCAUCAGCAACCCCCUCCUUAUCCCAUGAUGCACCAUCAGAUGCCCCCUCCUCAUCCACCUCAACCAGGUCAGAUGCCAGGUCCUGGUUCCAUGAUGCCUGGACAGCCCAUGCCAGGCCGUAUGAUUCCAGCUGUUGCAGCCAAUAUCCAUCCUUCUGGGGGUGGUCCUCCCCAACCUGUCAUGCCUCCAAUGCCUGGGAACAUCAUUGGACCACGUGUACCCCUUGCAGCACCCAAUGGCAUGUAUCCCCCUCCUCCGCAGCAGCAGCCCCCACCGCCUCCACCCACCGAUGGCGUCACUCCUCCUCCUGCAGCAGCACCAGCCUCCUCAGCUCCCUAACAAGCAACAAUUCAAGGGACUUCCAGAUCCAAUUCCAUGAGCCCACGUAGUGGUGACAAGACUCCUUUUCCUCAGUUUCCUUCUGUUUCUUUCAGGAUUUUUCCUCUUUUACAUCUGAGUGCCUCCUUACUCUGGUGUAUUCCUUUUAGUGGUGCUCCUUUGCCAGGGCUCAUGGGGGACUGGUGGUAACAGUGUACAUUAGACAGGACACUUUGUGUCUUCCCUGUGCUAAAUAAGGGGCAAAUAGGGAAUAUAACGGGUAAGCCCAUCUCAAGCUUUACUCUUGCAAUCUUUCUUUGUCUUGGUGCUUCCAUGGGUGUUUUUUUGUUAGUAUUUUUUAAGGAAAAGAAUCCUAAGUUAAUAGGAACCAAAAGACGCAAGCAGAGAGAUGGACAUUCAUUUUAUCUUCAUGAUGGGAUGGGGUGGAGGGCAAAUAUUUAGAAGAUACACAAAGGCUUGGCACACACAUACAAGCUCAAAGAUAAGGGAAAACAGUGAAGGGAAGCAUCCCUGCCAUUAAUACUACCCCCCUAUAAGGAAUAUAUGUGCCUCUUUAUUAGUCCAAGGUAUACAUCAUUCAAUACCUGACUCAUCUCUCAUGCCUUGUUGACAAAACAUACUCUUUUCAUUGAUCCAUGGUGGCAGAGAGUGCAACAAUUAGAAUAAAAUUACUCUCUUCCCCAGGUUCACUGGUUCUGGCUUUCUAUGCAGAUAGUUAUUGUUGGGAUGGUUUGAGAUAUAGGGAAACUUAGGGGGUGGGGGUGGGAGUAAGGGAUGGGUUUGGAACUGGGGAACAUAUUCUCAGGUCCCCAGGACACCCAGAAAAGUUUCAGGAAUCCAAGGCACUAGCCAGCUGAGGAAUCAAGCCUAAUAGUCACUGUUGGAUGCAUUUUUCUUCUCUUUGCCCUCCCCUUUAUGAAAAGCUUAAGGGAAAAAAAAGGAGAGGGGAGAAUAGUUCUGAAGUUCUAGUUAAUAGAACUUGGUUGGGAUGGCUAGGGGUGUGAGGCCCCAAACUACCUCUUGCAGACAGCCAGAGUGAGCAGAAUUCAGUGGAAACGGUACUUUGAAUUUAAAACAGGAUUAUUAGAGAGGUGAAGUAGUGCUAUACCCACUCUUACACCUUUCCACUUUAUUUUCUGAUCUCUUACAUUCCAUCCUUCAUCAGGAUUUUGAUAGGAAACACCUGGUAAGAAAUUCUGAGGGGAUGCCAGGGAAAGGGCUCAGCAUCUAGAGCAAUAAGCUCUUUUCUUUUUUUAGGAGAUGGGUUACUGUUUUAUCUUUAUUUUUGAAAAUGGGUUGUUAUUUGGGGAGGUUUUUUGUUGUUGUUUUUCAGGGGUAGGGGUACAGGAAUGGGGUCCACUCUAUAGGAAGACAGAAAAUGCCUUAAUAUGAGCCCAAUUUGGACCACCACACUCUGUUCCUAAUACUAAUGGUUAGCUACUUGAUAGAUCUUAGUGACCAUUCAACAUUCAUUUUUCCUUUAUUCCAAUUCCCUAGGAAAGAGAGGUUUUUUGAGGGUUUUUUUUUUUUUCUGAUAAAACUUUGUUUUCAAAGCUUGUGACCUCCUUACCUUAAUUUUCAUGUUGCAUUUCCAUCAAGUUCAAAUAUAGGGUUGGAAAUUUUUGCUUUUGUUUUCUUGUCUCAUCUAUAAAGCUUUACAUAUAAAGAGCAAGACAAAUUCUGAACAUAAUGGAAUAUUUUCUUUCUUUUUUCCUUAUUCUCUGGAAGACAAACAAAAAACCAUCCAGAUUUGCCUUUUCAAGGCUUCAGGUGUGGACUUCAGCUAAACAUGUGCUCUCAGUAUCUCAAGGCCAUUUCUUAAAGCACUGGAUUUGAGCUUUCCUCUCCUGCAGUUUAGUUUUAAUGCAGUUAACUCCACAGAGAGCCUCCAGUGCCUUGUGAAAACAUCUAGGGUUUUUUCCUCAUAUGUCCAUCCUCCUGCCCUACUAAAGGAAAAUUCAUUCCAGAUGUUACAUUUUCAUCCAGGACUUUUGAAGGAAUGUGGAAUUUUGUUUCAAAUUAUAGUCCCAUGUAAACCUCAGGUUGUUCAGGUGAAUACUUUCAAAUUUCAAAGAUCCAGGUAGAUUUAUUUUUUACUGUACUGGUGAUGGUCCUACCAAGUACCUGAAUUCUUAACACUGCUGUGUUUCUGUAUAAAUAACCAUGUGGUGACUUUUUUUCAUCUGAUCCUGUGUAUAUGAUCCAGUUUUAUUCCUGCAAUACAGCCACCCAAUUUUGUGAGAAAAACAAAAUACGGUUUUUUACAA